AUGGUUCUGCCUGCUAGCAAUAUGAGGCCGCCACUUCAAUUACGAAAUGAAAUAAAGGUUCCAGAUUCUGCACAGUCAGUUCGGUUCGCUGUAGAAGGAAACAUUGACGGCUUGAAGUUACUUUUUAGCCAAGGACUCGCUUCUCCGACAGCCGUGAGCAAUACUCGGGAAUUUAGUUUAGUAAGAUGGGCACUCUACGGCGGAAUGCACAAUUUUGAGACCGUGAAGUUCCUCCUUAAUCAUGGGGCGUUCGUUGAUGAUGAGUCAUAUCAUCAUGUAUGGGAUUAUGCAUAUCGCCAUAAAUGUACCAUUAGGGAGCUAAACGAGCUUCGUUGCAUUACAAUGAACCCUCCGGACAAGUACGAACAUGCGGAUUGGUUCGAAGAACAACAAUUUCCCUUGGUCCAUAAAAUUAUCUUAGGGCGGUCAUCUAAGCUGCUUAAGGAUGAGCUCGAUAGCAAUCCAGAUGCUAUACGAAGCAAAGAUGCUAUGGGCCGAACUGCGCUUGACUGGGCCACAGCCCUGUCACAGCUCGCUCAUAUGAGGCUAUUGAUAGAUCGCGGUUCCCCGGUGGACACGAUGGAUAUCGAUGGGCGCACUACAAUUCUACAUGCGGUGGACAGUCAUAAUAAUGAGGUACUCCGCAUUCUCCUCGAGGCUGGGGCAAGUCCUAAUCCUAAGGUGCCAAAAGACUUGUUUCGCAGCAGCCCACUCAUUUCGGCCACCUUUGGCGGUCUGAUAGGGAUGGUAGAGCUGCUUAUCAAAUUUGGCGCCGAAAUCAAUCAUCGCAAUCCAGAGGGUCGUACCGCGUUGCAGACUGUUGCUAGCAUGCAGACUGUCGAGUUUGCGGAAAUGCUACUCAACCAUGGCGCCGACUUGAGCUAUGUAGCGAAUAACGGACACUCACCAUUUACUACGGCAAUAACGUUUAACAACCACGCCGUGCUACGACACUUCCUUGAACGAUGCGAUAGCAGCCAGUUGUCAGGCCUACAGCUACUGCCCAUCGUGGCCGAGUGGGCGGACGUGACGACGAUGACGAUACUCGCGUCAUCAGAUAUUCUGAAGCACACCCUUGCAGAUAGGGCAGAUUUUAUUACCAGCAUUAACACUCUUCUAUUGCGAACAGAUUAUGAUAAAGCGCUAGACGACGCGUUUCAGAAGUUCUCCUGCCAGAACCGAUACACGAUCGGACCAUCUUGA